GGAGAAAUUAAAACAAGAUACCAAUGAAUUAAACUAAUAAUAAUGAAGAAAAUCUUAAUUCUGAACAAGGAUCAAGUUUAUUAAAUGAAUAUGCACGACGUUUAUUUAUUUUGGGUACAAUACGUCCAUCAAAAACAUUUUAUAAAGAUUUACCUGAAGCUGAUGUUGAACAUCUUAUGGAAUAUUUUCGUCGAAUGAGAAAAACAAAUCGAACAAUUACAUCAGAAGAAAUUAAUCAAGAAUUACAAAACAAAUUUGUUCAAUAUAAACCAAAAAUUUGUAAGUUAAUAGAUUGUCUAAUUAAAUUACAAUUUUAUCGAAACUUUAUAUUCUUAAAAGUUAAUUUAAAACUUCGAAAAAACCAACU